CCAGGCACCUAUUGCGCUUGCAUCUCUGCCGGGGUGCCGUACUUCCUACAGCUAACAGUUCCGACUCGAGCCAGGUCCGAUUGCCCGAGUCGCGCCUCGAGUCCUGCUCACGUCCUCUCCUGAAGUUUAGAUGCAUGUAAACAACAAGCCUGGCUACAAGCGCUCCGAUUGGUAUUAUAAAGCCGCGCGGAUCGAAUAUCGGAGGGACAACGUCUUCAGUCAGACGGAUAACGCGAAACACGAGCGACGGAGGAAGCAGAUGGCUCCUGGGUAUUCGGGAAGGGAGAAUAUCAACCUCGAGGGGUCUGUGGAUGAACAAGUCCAAGAUUUCCUGAACCUCAUCCGGUCCAAAUAUAUCUCGUCCGACCGCAGUGUUGUGCCUAUGGACCUAGCGAAGAAGGUACAGUAUUUUACACUAGAUGUCAUUAGCAGCGUCGGCCUCGGCAAGUCGUUUGGUAUGCUACAGAGUGACCAGGACGUGGAUGACUACCUCCAAUCGAGCGAGGAGGGACUUGCUAUCGGCAAUGCUGCCCUCGCCAUGGGCUUCAGCUGGAUUACUCAAGCUCCCUUCAUCGGCAGGUUCAUUGCACCCUCACCUAAGGACAACAACGGCUUCGGUAAGAUGAUGGCUGCUUGCUUCCGCCUCGUCGACGAGCGCGCUGCCGGCUCUACCGACGAACGGUCCGAUAUGCUGGCCUCCUUCAUGCGCCACGGCUUAGAAGGCAAUGAGCUGCGCACUGAGGCGCUAGAGCAGAUUAUUGCGGGCUCCGACACCACUGCUGGCGCCAUUCGGGGCAUCCUUCUGCACCUCAUGACGAAUCCUCGCGUCUACCUUAGGCUGCAGCGCGAGGUCGACGAUGGCGUGCGCUGCAGCCGUGCUCCAAGAAUAGGCGAAGGCCCUAUUAGUGCCGCCCAGGCUAGAAAGCUCCCAUACCUCCAGGCUGUGAUCUGCGAGGCUCUACGAGUCUGGCCGCCUGUUACGAACAUCUUCCCGCGCGAUGUACCUCCAGGUGGCGACACUAUUGUCGUCGAUGGCCAGAGCGUUUUCCUACCGGGCGGCAUCUGCAUCGGGUACUCUGCGUACGCUAUGCACCAGAGCGAGAAGGUCUAUGGCAAGGACGCAAAGGCUUUCCGGCCUGAGCGGUGGCUCGAGUCGGAUCCUGCCAAGUUGUCUGUCAUGGUUCGGACCAACCAACUCAUAUUCGGCCAUGGCAAAUUCCAGUGCUUAGGGAAGACAGUGGCCGAAAUCGAGAUCGGAAAGGUGAUAUUCGAGCUCUUGCGCAACUUUGACCUGGCGCUUAUCAACCCGACGCGUCCCUGGGAUGCGCGGAACUACCUUGGGCUUUUCGCAAUUUCAAAUAUGUGGGUGCAAGUGAUGGAGCGAGCUCCCUGUUCCCCUUGACCGGGCAGAGAACAAUUACCAUAGUUAUAUCUGGAUAUCCUGUCAUGGUAGUGUUUUUCAGGCGUCCUCAAGGGUACACCGAAGGUGGGAAUCUAAGGUCUACGUUGGCCGGACAACGCAGUGCUCUGCUUCAUUUCAUUGUUUAUUAUCUAUUU